CCGGAAUAGUUAGAUUGGCCCUGGUUCGGGCGUACGAGUACUGCCAUAGCUUCAAAGCAUUCCAAAACUGAGCGUGACACGGACAACCAAAACAACCAGCUGGGCACCACUCAUUUCCUUCCCCCUCUCUCUCUCUCUCCCUCUCCCGUCCAUCUCCCUCUCCCUCUCCCUCUCCCUCCCUCUUUCUCGAUACCUCCUCCCCAUUCAUCCUUCCGAGGGAUCCUCACGAACUGCGCAGACGCACAAACCCACCUUCCACUUGUUGCGCAUCCCUGAAAGGUCAUCCGCACACCACUACCACUCGACCCAUUCUAUUACGACGACCACCACUCCACCGUACCCCCCACCAACACCUUCGUGAUUUAAACCGAUACAACUUCGCCUGAGACAUCGCUCCGAACCGAUCGGGUACCUUCCGCCCCCGCCUCGACCCGUCCCCGGAAGGCCCCGCCCCUCCAUCUAGAACAAUGGCUGCCGCCAGCUACUACGGCGCCGGCACCCCAGCUGACCAGAACAAGCUCAACGCUCCCACCUCCCCCGUAGACUCGCCGGUGGGCGAUACCAACAAGCCGCUCCCGCCGCCCCACCAGAGCUCCUUCCCUCCCACGCACCAGAAUACGUUCCCUCCGACACACGUCGACGCCGGAUACAACGAUGACCUCUCUCCCACAAAGUACAAUUCCGACCCGUUCUCGGACAACAUCCCGCUUCACGAGACCGGCCACAAGAAUCAGCCGCCCAGCACACAGUUCCAGCAGCCGCCCAUGUCGCACGUCGAGAACGGGGGCUCCCAGUACCCCCCGUACCCACCACCGCCUACGGACGGAGAAAAGCGGAAGAAGUCGUGGAGAUCGCGGCCGUGGUUCGUGUACUUCAUGACGCUAGUCCACACGAUCGUUUUCUGCGUCGAGUUGGGGCGCAACCAGGCAUUGCAGGGAUCGCCAAUCUCGACGAAACCGUACUUUCAAUCCCAGAUCGGCCCGUCGACGGAUGUCAUGAUCAACAUGGGGCGCGCGCUUCGUACCGUGUUCCCGUGUCCCUCCAGGACCGAUGACUUGCUCAACUGCACGCUUGCUCAGUGGUGUGGGUUCAAUGGAAGGGAUAUUCCGGAGCCCAUGGGCGGAAAAGGGCCGGCAGAUAGCAAGCCCGAUCAGUGGUACCGGUUCAUUAUCCCGAUGUUUUACCACGCCGGUUUGAUCCAUCUCGCUUUCAACAUGUUUAUGCAGGUUACGCUAGGUGGAGAGAUGGAGCUGGAGAUUGGAGUGGUGCGGUUCAUCAUCGUGUAUUUCUGCUCCGGAAUCUUUGGUUUCGUGCUCGGAGGCAAUCUCGGCGCAGUUGGUCAGCCAUCGGUGUAA